CAUUUCAGAAGGAAAUGCAACAAAGGGUACUUUAUUCAAGUUUUUUUAAUGUUCUGAAUUGUGAAAGAUAAGUAGAUUUGCAGAAUAUGUAGACAUGGAAAAUAAGACUUUGAGACAUUCUCAAAAGUGCCUCUGUAUACCUUCAAAUACCUGAUAUUCAACUGAAUUUAGUUUCCACAGAUUGUAGGGGAAGAAAGAACAUUUUACACACAUUGGAUUUGUGUCGAGGUAUAAUUGGAAUCAUUCCAAUUUCAAAACUUGCAUGCCAGUUGUAGCAAGUUUAUACUUGUCAUGACUGCAGCUCAUCUGCAUUAUGUAAUAACACUAGAGUGUUGGUAUUCUCACGCUGCUGGUGAAAUGUGAUUGGUUGUUCACGUCCUUGGUGUAAAAAGGCAUUGAUCUGUUUUGUCUGAGUUGACCUCAAGGUUUCAGUGUGUAUGUGAUAGAGUUAAAUAUAUCAUGUGUGUUUCUGACUGUGCUAGUGUUAUUGUAGUAGGUCAGGGACAGGUUAUAAUAAUUCAUUAGUGCCAAAAAGGACAGCAUAAUAUAUUAAUCAAACCAAUUGUGAGUCACAUAAUUUUUGUGAUAAAACAGUGCCCUCUGCUGAAUUGCCUGUAGAUGAGACAAAUUAAGUGCCACUCUAAACAGACACCACAAAACCAUUGUAGGAAGAUCACUUCAAAAUAAGCAACAGCAAAACCAGGAAAGACCAUACCUAGGCAAUCCCAAGAGCAGUACAACAGUGGCAGAGCUUGCCUCCCUAGUAAUAACCAGAGGAUAGGAGAGUGCAAUACCAUGGACUAUACUGUAAUUGUGGUAACGGUUCUGGCAACCGUGUUUCCAUAUGUUCAAAUGGUGCUGUCAUCUCCUACCACUGUUGGCACCACUUUGGCCUCUGUAACCAGUUCACCUUGCCGUGACCCAGGGGAAUUGGUGAAUGGACAGAGACUGCCAGUGUACCAGUCUGGGCAGGAGUACCACCCUUUCCUCUCUUCUAUUUCAUUUCAAUGUAAACAGGGCUACACAUUAGUGGGCUACUCCAGUAUGUUGUGCACCAGCAAUGGACGGUGGAAUCCACCUGAUAUGCCAAUUUGUACUAAUACCAAGUGCCCAGUUCCUUUGGUAAAAAAUGGGCGGGUGCUCAAGAUCCCUGGGGGGUUUACUCCAGGCUCUCAGACACAGGUGAUAUGUGACACAGGACACACCUUGUCUGCCUCAGAUGGCAGCAUUCUCUGCUCAGCAUCUGGUACCUGGUCCAGCAUCCCUUCCUGUACAGCAUCUGUGUGUCCACAUCCUAUUACCAUUAGUGGGGCCUACUACAAGGUGUAUGGGGAGCAGGUGGGCAGUGGAUGGUCUGAGGGUUCAGAGGUGGUCUACUCCUGCAGGUCUGUUACCAACCAGGACACCAAUGACCGGCCUCUCAGGUGUAAAGAUGGCAUGUGGCUUGGAAUACUGCCAUCUUGUGAAAAUAAACAGUGCAAGCAGCCCCAGGACAUAGAAAAUGGCCGGUGGUACAUUGUUGGAGUGUCAUCACCUUUCUCUGAGGGAAGUCAGGUGGUUUAUGAAUGUGAAGACAAUGUGAAUUACUCCCUGAUUGGAGCAAAGACCAUUGUCUGCACCAACAAGGAAUGGAAGCCAUACAAUUACAAAACCUCUUUUUUUAACCACUACCCUCCAAGGUGCAUCAAAGACAGUGGAAAAGUAACAACCUGUGAAGAUCCUGGUAACAUACAACAUGGCAGCAGACUGUGUGACCCGCACAAAGACUGCGACCAGUUCUACUCGGGUGUAUCUGUACACUAUUAUUGUCUUGAUGGCUACGAGAUUGUAGGAGGCAGCACAGUCAUCACAUGUACUGAGGAUGGAGUUUGGACUACCAAUAAACCUAGCUGUAGGGAAGCUGCUUCCACUUCGGACCUGGGGAAAGAUGACCACUCCGAGACACUAGCUGUGGUCAUUGCCACGUCAGGCAGUGUGCUGGGGAUCCUGGUGCUGAUACUGAUAGCUGUGGCAGUGAAGAGGAGGAAGUCCGACAUACGAUUAGGGCGUCCCAUCACACCGCCUCCACCUUCAUACUCUCGCCACUGUGAUUCAACAUCAUUGGAUGAACAUGACCGUCUUGCUCUGAUAGCAUUUGCUGAUGGUGGCCACCUGGUUCUACCCACGUAUGCAGAGGCCACUAGAACUCGUGGUAGCACCGGUAACAACAGCAGUAGUAGUAAUAGUGUGAGAGGUACGCCCUCUAGGGGGGAGUACAGACCCUUACCUCAAAUCCCCCCUAGUCUGCGUGGAAACAGUGACACAGCCAGCCAGUCUUCUCAUCAGGUAGAGGGCAGCACCAGGCACUCAGCAGUUACUAGCAGCACGCACAGAGACAACAUGUCAGGCAGUGUGAAUUUUGGUUCUAUUGAAACUGUGAACACUAUUAAUGCUAGUGUUAAUGCCAGUGAUGGCACGUCAGCUUCAGUGACUAUAGAUACGUAUGACUCCAGUGCAUCAAACCCUUCACUAGCAUUGUCUAGGCAAGCUGUCACUGGGAGUCUGGCAUCAUCCAAUGGGAGUUUAGCAAAUGAAGAUGCCCCACUCCUGGAGCACAAUAACCAAGAAUCUGAGCAGUUACUUGAAAAUGAGGAGAGAAAAGAGAGUUCCCAGGAGUCCCAACCCAAGGAGGAUUGACACAACUAAGACAUCAUGCAUUCUCAUUCUUAACUGCAACAUAACACACUGUUGCUGCUGUCUGGUUGUGUUCUGUGGUAUAGUGUCAAAAUUGAGGUAGACUGAGGAUCUUAUUUAUGUCUACGUACCAGUCUGGAUACAUUCAUGCUAUCAAAAUAACUGGACUUCCUUUGCUGUGAUGAAUAUUGAAAUCUAUCUAAAAAUUAGCCACAAGGUGUACUCCAUUAACUUAUAAAGAAUGUUGAUACAUCAACUGCUGUUCCAGAAACUUACUUUUUAUUAUGCCAUUAUGUAGGAGAUGGGUUAACAUGUGACUUAAUGUACAAGUAUAGACAGAUGUCACUGUGAUGUUUAUUUUAGCAAUGAGCCACUCAAGGAUUGUAGAUCUGAGAAACAAAGUAGAUAUAUUUCUGGUACAAGGAUAUCAUAAACCCAAAGUAAAAAUUCUGCAGAUAGUGGCAGUACAUGGAUGUGCACAUGCGAACAUAUCAGUUUGGUUGACUUGUGUUUUCAAUUGCUUAUAUUUACGGAUAUCUCAUUGAAAAUUGGUGACAAGGGGCAUAGUAAAACUUGCCUAUAUAUACAAUUUGAAGUGAAAAAUGCAUUUUAUUUUCUUAUGGUUAUCCUUUCAGCAUUAAUUUAAAGUUAUGACGGUAUACUGAAGUCAAGUUUUGUUUCUUGCUUCAAGAUGUCUCAUAACGUCAAACCAUGCAAUACUUAGUAAUAUCUCUACAUGACUGGACAGACCUCAGUAUUAGCCAUGACAGCAGUGUUAUACACUUCAAGGUUUAUUAUUGUUAUUAUUUUUGGUUAGCUUUGUGUAACAAAUCAGUAACACUUCACCUGCCACACCUUUAUAUGCAUAAACAGGAGAAACAACGGAGAAGAUGGUACUGCUAUCAUGUUGAUUCAGAAAUGUGUAUGAGUAAAUGCAUAAAUGCUGAAUCCAGGCUGGUACAUUUGGAAGAUAAAACAAGUGCAAAUAUUACACAGCAUAGGCCUUACAAUAUCCAAGCCAUCUGUAAUCAGAAUCUAUGUCCUGUGUACUCUUAGUGUAUGUUACAGAACAAAUGUCAGAUUUGUUUGUUCUUCAAUGGACACUUUCACAUAUUGUGAACCCAUUCAAUGCCAUUUUCAAUUGCUUUGGUAUUUUUUACAGUGUGUAUUUUUUGGUAUUUUAUAUUAGUGUAAUAAACGUCUCCCAUUUAGAGUGUAGGCUUGGUAAAGAAUUGUUUGGAUCAGAUGAAAUGAUCUGUAUGUGAAUAAUUAAUGCUGUAACAUGGUACCUCUAGAAGGCAGUUUGAGCAAACUAUCCAUUACAUGUUGAGUAAACUAUCCAUUACAUGAAGUAUGUAGACAUUAGAUGCACAGCUGAUGAAGUGGUGAAUCUGAUAAGCUAUAGAUAAAGUACGAGGUGCUGAGCUUUACGAGAAAUAGAGCAGAUAAUUGGCGAGGUGAA